ACAUGGCCUCCACCACGUAUGUCAUAACCUAUGCUCGCCUCCGCAUGCGAUGUCUACAACAUUGGCUCCUUGUAGCCUACAAACCGGGCAUUACCAAUAUCAACAGUCUCACACCUGUCCCUGCCCCUGUCAAGGAAUCGCUCGCAUGGUGGCUCCAACCGGCCAAUACCCUGGCGGGUGUGCCCUUCCGGAUCCAAUCCCCGUCAAUUCAACUUACCACGGAUGUGUCCCUUGUAGGCUGGGGGGCACAUAUGCUGCACUAUCGGGUCCAGGGAUUAUGGUCACACCAAGAAUCCCUACUUCACAUAAACUUCCUGGAACUCAGGGCAGUUUUCAACGCUUGUCGCCACUUCGUCCACCAAAUACAGGGAACCACUCUACAGGUCCUUACGGACAACAUAUGCACUGUAUACUACAUCAAUCGACAGGGCGGAGCCAGGUCCAGGACCCUGUGUGCGGAAUCAGUGCGCCUUUGGAACUGGGCAAUUCGUCACAAUGUCACACUCACAGCCUCCUACCUCCCCGGCAAAACCAAUACAAUUGCGGAUGCACUCAGCAGAUCCUUCCAUUCCCAACACGAAUGGGAACUCCUUCACUCCGUAGCCCGCAAUCUGUUCCAGCUAUGGGGCUACCCAGAGAUCGACCUCUUUGCUACUCGCGACAACAAGAAAUGUCGCGCUUACUGCUCAAGAGCGGGCAUAGGCACCCAAUCGAUGGGGGAUGCCUUCCUGCUCAGGUGGGGAACAUACCAUCUCUUAUACGCCUUUCCUCCAAUUCCACUGAAACCCCGAGUAAUAGAGAAGAUACUAUCCGACUCAGCGACAGUAAUCCUGGUGGCCCCCUUCUGGCCUCGCCAGACAUGGCUCAUGCAACUCAUGCAGAUGUCGGUAUCCAGACCUCAACGACUUCCAUGGAUCAGCAACUUGAUCUCGCAGCAAAACGGCAAUCUUUUCCAUCCGGACAUCGACCGUUUGCACCUGACAGCUUGGCUCCUAACUGGCUCCAAGGCCUAGAGCUAACCUGCUCCCAAGCAGUCAGGGACGUACUAGUACAAAGCAGAGGCCACAGUACUCAACGAUCUUACCUCUACAGGUGGCGUCGCUUCUUCGCUUGGUGCCAAUCACAGACCAUCGAUCCUCUCAAAGCUCAUAUUCAGUGCAUCCUAGACUAUGUACUUCAUUUACAUUCGCAAGGCUUGGCUGCUGCUUCCCUAAGAGUACACUUGGCAGCAAUUUCGGCCUUUCAUGCUCCAAUAGAAGGGUUUUUCUGUCUUCUCUCAUUCACUUACGAAGAAGUUCCUCAAGGGUAUUUCGAAUCUCUACCCACCGCAUAGGCCUAUCUCACAACCAUGGGACCUUACCCUCGUCCUGGACACUCUUACCUACCCACCAUUUGAACCACUUGCAACUUGUGAUUUACAGACCCUCACAAUUAAAGUUACCUUUCUC